AUGGGGGCUUCAAAUUCUACAAUGGAAGAAGACAAGGCUCUGCAGCUUUGUCGUGAGAGAAAGAAAUUCAUUGGACAAGCCCUUGAUGCCAGGUGCUCUCUAGCAGCCAACCAUAUAGCUUACGUAGAAGCACUAAAAGUUACUGGAUCUGCACUUUGGAAAUUUGUUGAACCUGAAGCUCCUGGUGGUUCUUCCUUUUAUACACCUACCGCUGCCACUUCCGAACGCCUUGUAACUGAGAAGUCUGUUUCCCAAUUCUCCAUCUCAUCUCCAACAUCUUCUCAGCACGCAGAUGCAAAUAGGAAUAUCUCACCAUCACCUUCACCUCCUUCAUGGCAUUAUCAGACGAAUCAUAUGAAAUUCAGAGGAUCUUUCUCCAAGAAAGUUGAAGAAAAACCCUCCAUAUCUCAUACAGUUAUUUCAGGUAGUCCUCAGAGCACCACUCCUCGUUCAUUUGGAAGACCUGACACUCCACCUCUCGAACCUCCUCCAGUUCCACCUGAAUCUCCUCCAUGGGACUUUUUUGGUCUUUCUCAUCCUGUUGAUAAUCGUGUUUCUUCCCAAGAACAAGGGGACCUUAACUCAGAUUUGGAGUAUGCUGAUGAGAUUAGACAGCUACGAGAGGAGAGAACUUCUGAAGGUGGCGAGGAGUUUUCUUCCCAUGGAAAGGAAUCAUCGGAAUCAGAAGAUGAAUUUGAUGAGCCUUCUGCAGAGAGACUAGUUCGAAGAUUUGAAAAUGUAAAUAGAACAGGGGAUAAUGUUGUUACAAGUGAUUCACCUGCUAUCCACUCCGCAAAGAACAUAUCAUCGGAAUCAAAGGUGUUGAAUGGGAUGAAAACCAAGUCUCCGGACUUAACGCCGUUAAGAGCUGCCUCAUCUUCUGAAGCUGAAGUCGUAAAUGGCAUAAAGACGAACACAAAAGUAGAUGAUUGUGAAAAUGAAGUUCCUCCAAAGGACUUUUUCCGAAGCAUAAAAGAUAUCGAACUUCUAUUUGGAAAAGCAUCUGAAGCUGGUAGAGAAGUUCCUCGAAUGCUUGAAGCGAACAAAUUUCAUUUUCGUCCAAUCCUUCCUGGGAAAGAAAAUGGAAAGACAGCCUCGUCGCUCUUGAAGUCUUGUUUUUCUUGUGGUGAAGAUCCAAGCCAGGUUCCGGAAGUGCCUGCUGAAACCGAUGUGAAGUAUUUAACUUGGCACCGGACUUCCUCAUCUCGAUCCUCUUCAUCAAGGAACUUACCCCGAGCAAAUUCUAUAGAUGAUGUUGAAGACCUUACAAAGAAUCUUCUGGAAAGUUUUAGUAUGAUCUCUGGAAGCCAUGCCUCAACUAUAGAUCGAUUAUAUGCAUGGGAGAAGAAACUUUACGAUGAAGUCAAGGUUAGUGAAAUGAUAAGGCGAAAAUAUGAUAUGAAGCGCAAACUCCUUAGGCAACAAGAAUCUAAUGGAGAACCUCUCUCAAAGGUUGACAAGACACGUUCAGUUGUGAAGGAUUUACAUUCCAGAAUCAGAGUGGCCAUCCAUAGAAUAGACUCAAUUUCCAAGAAAAUAGAGGAAUUAAGAGACGGAGAACUUCAGCCUCAGCUGGAAGAGUUGAUUGAAGGAUUGAGGAGAAUGUGGGAGGUGAUGUUUGAGUGUCACAAGCUUCAGUUUCACAUUAUUUCGGUGGUUUAUACCCCAGGCAAUGUCAAGAUCACCGUGCAAUCUGAUUCACGCCGUCUGAUUGUCAUCCAUCUAGAGAAUGAGCUGAGCUCUCUAUCCUCCAGUUUUACCAAGUGGAUUCGUGCUCAGAAGACAUAUAUCGAAGCUAUAAAUAAGUGGCUCUAUAAAUCCGUGUUGGUGACACAGAAAUCAUCCAAGAGGAAGAAAAAGAUUCCCCCUCCACCCCUCAGACACUAUGGCCCUCCUAUAUACGCUACCUGUGAUAUCUGGUUAGAACUCCUCAGUAAUCUACCAACUGAAACAGUUGUAGAUUCUAUGAAGAACUUAGCAGCUGAAAUAGAUCGUUUUUUACCACGUCAAGAGAAGACCCAUGGAAAAGGCGCAAACCGUCGUCAUUCCUCACCCGACCAAGGUAUCAUCGAUGGCGACCCUCAUAUGAAUUUGUUAGGGGGAGGGGACGCAUCAGAAGACCACCGGACACCGGGACUUGAUCAGUUCCGCAUUAGUCUGGCAAAUUUACUUAAUCAUAUGAGUACAUUUGCUGAGACUUCUGUGAAUAUGUACACGAGACUGCAGAGAGAAAUUGAGGAUGCAAAGAAGAGUUAUGAACAGCAAAAAACUCAGUAG